AUGACCAAGUUCAGGAAGCUCGGUCGACCCACCGGUCACCGAAUGUCCAUGCUCAGAACCAUGGUCUCGCAGUUGGUGAAGCAUGAGCGUAUCGAAACUACUGUUGCCAAGGCUAAAGAGGUUAGAAGGCUUGCGGAUAAUAUGGUACAACUUGGAAAAGAGGGAUCUGUAUGUGCUGCAAGGCGUGCUGCUAGUUUCGUGCGAGGAGACGAUGUCAUCCACAAGCUGUUUACAGAACUGGCUUAUCGGUACAAGGAUAGAGCUGGUGGGUACACCAGGUUGCUUAGGACUCGUAUUCGAGUUGGCGAUGCUGCACCAAUGGCCUAUAUUGAGUUCAUUGAUCGAGAUAAUGAGCUUAGGCAAUCAAAGCCACCAACUCCUCAACCACCUCAGAGAGCACCCCUUGAUCCUUGGACACGAUCUCGUCUCACCAGGCAGUUUGCACCUCCCAAAGUGGAAAAAUCUGAUUCUGAUUUCUGA